AUGGGCUACGGGCGCACCAACCUGCUCUUCUCCCCCUCAUCUGACGGCCUGGUACCCUUCGCCUUGACCCACUGCUUUGUCACCCACAUGCUUGGCUACGGGCGCACCAAUCUGCUCCUCUCCUCCGCAUCUGACAGCUUAGUGCCCUUCGGCUUGACCACUGCUCCCUCUUCCACAUGCUUCCCUCUCUACCCCCCCUUCCAUCCUUCCCCCUCUGACCUCCCUCCCCCAUCUCAGAGCUACAGGCAGACCAAUCUGCUCCUCUCCCCCGCAUCUGACAGCUUAGUGCCCUUCGCCAUGACUGACCACAGCUCCCUCUUCCACAUGCUUCCCUCUCUUCCCCCCCUUCGCCAUGACCGUGGCUAUGGGCGCACCAAUCUGCUCCUCUCUCCCGCCCCUGACGGCCUGGUCCCGUUCGCCAUGACUGAUUGUUCCCUCGUCCACCCUCACGCCUUCGCCUUCCUUGCCCACGUGCGCCAAGCCUUCCUCUCCUGCCUGCCGCCUAUUUUUUUACUCCAUUCCACCCUCCCCUAUGCUCCCUUUGCUCCCCCCUUUCCCCUCCCUCCUCCAUUCCUCCCCUCCCCCUUCCCCCAGGGCUACGGGCGCACCAAUCUGCUCUUCUCCCCUUCCCUUGACGGCCUAGUCCCCUUUGCCAUGACCCACUUCUCCCUCACCCGCCCCCACGGAUUCUCCCUCCUUGCCCACGGCUACGGGCGCACCAAUCUGUUCUUCUCCCCGGCCCCUGACGGCCUAGUCCCAGGCUACGGGCGCACCAAUCUGCUCUUCUUGCCCGCCCCUGACGGCCUAGUCCCAGUCGCCAUGACCGAUUGCUCCCUCGCCCGCCCCCAUGGAUUCUCCCUCCUUGCCCACGGCUAUGGGCGCACCAAUCUGCUCUUCUUGCCCGCCCCUGACGGCCUAGUCCCAGUCGCCAUGACCGAUUGCUCCCUCGCCCGCCCCCAUGGAUUCUCCCUCCUUGCCUACGGCUAUGGGCGCACCAACCUCCUCUUCUUGCCCGCCCCAGACGGUCUGGUCCCCUUCGCGAUGACCGAUUGCUCCCUCGCCCGCCCCCAUGGAUUCUCCCUCCUUGCCCACGUGCGACAAGCCUUCCUCUCCUGCCUUCUACCCCACCCCUCUCUGGACCUCCCUCUGCCCGUCUUUGAUUGGCUGCCGAGCCUGGAGUACGACCAAGGUUCGGCACAGGCCCGGGUACAAGAGCAGCCGCCGGGCCAAAACCAGAGCUCAGGAUUGGAACGAGAGGGCACCCACGAGCCGCUGCAAGGCGAGGGACGAAUCUCCGGAUUGGAUAGAGCGUCUGCUCCGGAUGCUGCUCAAGAAGGCUCGGCCGAGGCACAAGAGGUGCUGCAGGAUCGAGAUGAGAUUUCCACUUUUGAGAUGUCUCAAAAGUCUUCUGAAGCAGCUCAAGAAGGCUCGACUGAGACACAAGAGGUGCUGCAGAAUGAAGGGCGAACCUCCGGGUUGGAUGAAGACGCGUCUGGCUCGGAUGCCGCUCAAGAAGGCUCGGCCGAGGCACAAGAGGUGAUGCUGGACCGAGCUGAGAUUUCCACUGCAGGAGCGCCAGGCACCGGUGUGGAUGUUACCAGUACAGCAGUUACCAGUGCAGCAGUUACCAGUGCAGCAGUUGCAAGUGAAACAGUUAGCACUGUAGCCAUUGCCAGUGCAUCUGCCAUGAGUGUAGAUGUUACAGAUGCAGCAGCGGUUACCAGCGUAGCUGCUACAAGUGUAGGAGUUGCAGAUGCAGCAGUUAGUGCAGCCGUUACGACCGAACCAAUCACGGAGGAGCAGCACGAGAGCCGAAAAUUCAGUGACAGUCAGCAGGCAAGGGAACAGGCCGUGGAACCCAAUUUUGCAUCUCAGCCGUUCCUUAGGCCCAUCCAACGGUCGAGAUCAUCCUGCCACUCCGCCGCCCUAUACCAGGAGCUACUGGGGCCGCAUUUAGAGUACCUAGUGUGGGUUGUUCGGGGCAAGCUCCUGCCUAAACCGCGUAUGGACCUCUAUCCAGACGCACCGAACGCGUACCUUCUAACGAAGCGGCUUGUAACGAAUCCUGCGCUGGCAGACACGCAGGCAGGCGAGGAGGCAGCAGGAGGGGGCAGGGAUUCGGAUAGGGAUGCGGAUGGGUUGGGGGCAGCAGUGGGGAUGAGUAUAAGUACCGGUAAGAAGGCGCUAAGUGCGAGGGAGAGCCUUAUGAGUGAAGUUUCUGACGCGCUAAGGGAUGUGGAGGAUGGGGAUUUGGGUGAGGCGCUGGUGGGGAGGAGGCGGGCAAGAGGUCAGCCGCCACAGGUGAGGCGGCGGCGGAGCAGAUCGGUCGGCGAGGAUCUGCUGUUCCGGAGAGAAACGGACUGUGGAGAUUCGUCCGUGGGGGAGAACAGAACUAGCGGUUCAGCAUAUUCCCUCGGCGGUGGCGGUGGCGGUGGCGGUGGCGGUGGCGGUGGCGGUGGCGGUGGCGGUGGCGGUGGCAGUGGCGGUGGUGGUGGUGGCGCCUGUAACGGCAGCAGGGGAGGGGAUGGUAGAGUUGGUAGGUGUAGCAGCGGGAGUGGGAGUGGGGAGGCUGAUUCAGUAGGGAGUGAGGAUGAGGACCUCUGGUGCGACUUUCCUCCCUCCAAUUCGGGCCUCAUGUAUGGCUUGGGCAGCCCUGUGGUCUCUACCAGGUCUCGGGCGUUUUCCCGAGCGGCAGGGGAUGGGUUUUCUAAGAGUGUGGUGAUGAGUGGGGCAUUGGUUGGGGGGGUGGGAAUGGGCAUGAGGAUGGGUGUGAACUUGCAUGCUGGGAGACCUUCAGCACAACGUCUGCAGCUGCUGCAGUUGUCGCCGCCGUCUCUUGCUGUCUCUGCUGCGGCAGCUGGUGGUGGUGGGGGAGCAGGAGGGGCGGCCGCGGGGGCAGGGAACGCAGGGGGGGUUUGGGCAGGUGGGGGAUUGCAACAGAUGCAGCAGCAUCAACACUACCAGCAGCAUCAACAACAGCAGCAGCAGCAGCAGCAGCAUCAGCAGCAGCAGCAGCAGCAUCAGCAGCAGCAGCAGCAUCAUCAGCAGCAACACCAGCAGCAGCAGCAGCAGCAGCAGCAGCACGGUUUUCCUCACUCACAGGGCCAAGGUCUAGCCCCCCUAGGCCCUCCUGGUGGUCCCACCUGCUCUCCUUCCAAUGCUGCUAGUUCUGUCACUCCUCUCUCCUCCUUCCUGUCCCCGUCCCCCUCUUCCUCUCUCCCGCGCUGCCACCCCUCGGCACUAACUGUGGCACCAGCUUGGGGUCAAGCGGCACUGGCAGGACCGAUGGUGUCAGCAGUAGCAUCAGGAGACACGGUUUCAGCUGCGAUUCCCACAGUAGGCUUGGCAGGAGGCUUGGCAGGAGGCUUGGCAGGAGGCUUAGCAGGAGGUGCUGCAGGCUUCUCUACACGCCCUAUCGUCUUUGAGAAUGAGAUCAGCAUACCCGAGCUUUCUGCACAUUCCAGCUCAGCGGGGACAGCUGCCAGCUCAGCAGGAGCUGAGGGACCAGUGAGAAAACCAGCCACAGAUGCUGCUGCUGUGGCUGCCCCUUCUGCUACUGAUUUUGGUGUCAGUGAUUUACUGGGUGGAUCUCCAGGUGUGGGGGGUGUGGGGGGUGUGGAAAGGAGUGCAUCUGGCACUGAGGCAGCCAGUUCACAGGGAUCCACUGCCAAGGACGCUUCCAAAUUUCGCCGGACCUUCUCCAAGCCUCUCUCGCCGAUACUGCGCGGCGCAUGGAACAUCUUCCGAAGCAGCACUGCGACCGAACCUGUGGAGUCGCCUCGGACGAUGUUCAAAAGCAGCUCUGCAGUUGAAGGCGUGACAACCACUGAGGUGGCAGAUUUGGAGGUCGGCGGGCGUCUCAUUUGCUGCAUCCUAAUGGCAGACAUGUAG